AUGAAAGCUGCUGCAGUGGUGUGUCGAGAAGUAGGCUGUGGGGAGGCUGUUGAUGCACUGGGUGAGGCUUCGUUUGGACAGGGUUCAGGACCAAUCUGGAUGAGAAACCUGGAGUGUAGUGGAUUUGAAUCUAGCCUGAAAAAAUGUGGGUUAAGUGGGUCAUCUGUAGAUAAGUGCAAUCAUAAAGAGGACGCUGGAGUUAUCUGCUCAGAAGUCAGGCUUGUUGGUGGUUCUCGCUGCUCCGGGAGAGUAGAAGUGCUUCAUGGGAAGACCUGGUUCUCAGUGUGUAAUGCUGAUUUUGACAAGCAGGAUUUUGAAGUUAUGUGUCGGGAGCUGGGCUGUGGGCCUCCUGUAAAGAUGCUGGGUGCAGGUGCUGUUCGCAGAGGCAACAGUCAGGUGUGGAGAGAGCAACUUCAGUGCAGAGGCACAGAGUCUCAAAUUCAUUUUUGUCCAAAAUCUACACUUAGACACAGCUGCUCCCAUGAUAGUGAAGUGGGCCUGGUAUGUGCUGAUAGUGUGAGGCUGGUAAAUGGUAGCAGUCAUUGUGCUGGUAGAGUGGAGGUUCUUCAUAGAGGAGAGUGGGGAACGGUGUGUGAUGAUAACUGGAAUAUGAAGGCUGCUGCAGUUGUAUGUGGAGAACUGGGUUGUGGAGAAGCUGUCGAUGCGCUGCAUCAUUCUCACUUUGGAGCAGGAUCAGAUUCAAUCUGGAUGGAUGAUGUGAGCUGUACAGGAUCAGAAUCUACGCUAAAGAACUGUGGAUCAGCAGAGUUUAGCAUAAAUGAUUGUGAUCACAUGAAAGAUGCUGGAGUCAUCUGCUCAGAGAGUUUGAAGCUGGUUGAUGGUGGAAGUCGGUGUGCUGGUAGGGUAGAGGUUUUUUAUAGAGGACAGUGGGGAACAGUGUGUGAUGAUGGCUGGAAUAUGAAAGCUGCUGCAGUGGUGUGUAAAGAGCUGGGCUGCAGUGAGGCAAUAGAUGCACUAAGUGAUGCCCACUUUGGACUGGGAACCGGACCAGUCUGGAUGGUUGUUGGGGACUGUAGUGGGGAUGAGGAAACACUAAAAAGCUGUUUAUCAGGAGAGUGGGGUACAGAUUACUGUAGCCAUAAAGAUGAUGCUGGGGUUGUAUGCUCAGGAGUCAGGCUUGUUGGUGUUUCGCAUUGCUCUGGGAGAAUAGAGGUGCUUAAUGGGAAGACUUGGGCUACAGUGUGUAACGAUGACUUCAGCCAGCAAGAUGCAGAGGUUGUAUGUCGAGAGGUGAACUGUGGGCCUCCUAUAAAGGUGCAAAGAGGAGAUGCGUUUGGCAGAGGUGUGGGGAUUGUGUGGAAAAAGAAGCUUCAGUGUAGAGGCACAGAGUCUCACAUUCAUUUUUGUCCCACAUCUCCGCUUGAACACAACUGCUCCCAUUCUAAUGAUGUAGAACUGGAGUGUGCAGCUGGAGUAAGACUGGUGGACGGUGGCAGUCGUUGUGCAGGAAGAUUAGAGAUCUUGCAUAGAGGACGCUGGGGAGCAGUGUGUGAGGUUAACCGGAAUAUGAGAGUUGCUGAAGUGGAUCAGGGCCUAUCUGGGAAGAUAUAUACUGUACAGGAUCAGAGUCUACCCUGA